CUCCCUUUUUAUGAAAUGACAUUGAGGACAUAUACAAUUUAAGGUUGAAAGUAUUCGAGUUGACCCCACGUGACUCCGACAUUUACCAUGCCUUGCUUGUAAGAUGACAUUUGUUGCUCAGAGAAUUCUUGACGGAUAAUCACUUUGGCAGGUUUGUCUGUUGUGUGAAGAGCUGAUUAGGAGGAUAUUUUGGCAAUUCGUGUCUCUGGUUCCAAGAUGGCGAUACUAUGGAAAGCUCUUGCGUCAGUCUCUUUGUUCACUGUCAUCCUAGCGGCCAUAAUUUACAACGGAUUCUUUGACUCUGUGCUCAUAGAGCUUGGCUUUCAACAUUAUGCAGAGAAACCAAGCAAUUUCAACAUGUUCUUCCCGUCGUUUGUGAAAAUGCCGUUGAACACGGCUGUCAAUGUUGGUUAUAUUUUUCUUGGAGCUUAUUGGUGUGCCAUAACAACUAUAUGCAGGGAAAACAAUGUCAUCAAUGACUUCGAUGCGUUCAUCUUCUACCUGUUCAAUAUAAUGGCCGGAUUCUACGGGGCUGUCCAAGCAUUACGCAUCAUCACACAAAUUCAUGGAUUCGGUGUCAUGGAUCAGUGGAGUACUCUCCCUUUCUUCAUGGUCGUUGUCAUAUGGGGAAUAUACACCAAGUGGGGAUGGAAUGUACCUUUAUUCUUAUUUCUUAUAAUAGUAUCAUUGGCCUCCUACAGCCUGACACUGUUUACGCCAAUCGGAUUUGAGAUAGCACUUGGAAUCCAUGUCGUGCUGGCUGUUACAGGUGCUUUGAUUGGAUAUUCCAAGUACCCCUGUAGGAAUGCUAGGCAUUACUUUGUUUUGGCCCUGCUGUCGUGUGCUGGGUUUAUAGGUCUGAAACUCCUGGAUUUUGAACUGGUGAAAUACCAUGAAAUCUUCAAUAAGGUUUCUGGACAUUUUCUCUCUAAAAUUGCUGAUAUUAUGCAAAUUCAUUACGUGAAUGAAUAUUUCCGUAGUCUAGUCAUACAAAGAUUUUUGUUGCAGAAGGCUAAAAAAGGUAAAAGUGAUUAAAUUAUGUCGGAUGGAUUUUACAUAUGUUACCAUGGUUACUUGUGCAGGCCUUCAACAAUAUUGAACAUGUUCGAGUUAAGGUUAGUGUUAUCAUCAACAUGAACAAUUUGACUUGGAAUUUGAAUCUGCAAUAAAGUGACAGAUUUGUAUUUACUGGCUUUGGCCAACUUAAUAUGUUUUUUGCAUUUUGUCAUGGCUUCAUAAAUCUAAAAAGUCUCUUGGGGGGAGAAAACAGACAUGAACCAACCUUUUGAUUUGGAGCCUCCAAGGUCUGGUAUACAUGUACAUUGUUAAUAAUUGUAUGUGUGUAACCAUGGUAACACACAUACUUCAAAACAGGAUUCCAAUCUUACCAAGAAUGUUCUAGUGCUUUUGAAACAAUCGCUUUAGAUGUGAAAAUAUUAAGUGCUAGGGCGAUUCACCAAUACAUUAAUGUAUCAGGAUGGCGAUACAAUGUCAUUAAAAUCAGAUCUUAGUUCUCGCUACCGCUAAACCAAGAUCUCAGGACAUCUCAUUUCAGAACGACCUUUCAUCCAACCAAUCAGACUCUCUUACUAGAUGCUUCAAUGGAAUAAAUAUUUGAACGGAAGAGACUUUGCAUAGCCCAUGAGAAGUACUGCCAUACAAUCUCAGCCAUCUAUUAGACGUUCCAGAAUGCUCUUUGUUCUGUUUCAAAUUUUGAAUCUAGAACUUUGUCAAAAUAUUCUCAAAACAUAGUCCGGAAUGGAAAUUGACAGUUUGAAACUGGUGCUAUAUAGCUUGAAACAAUCUCAUUAAAAUCAGACCUCAGUUCUCGCUACCCCAAAACAAAGAUCUAAAGACAUCCCAUUUGGGGUCACGUCAGAACGUCCUUUCAUCCGACCAAUCAGAGCAUCGCUUACCAGAUCAUGAAAGUGACAUUCGGAAUGUGAUUUCUGAUCAUACAACCUCAAAAACUUUAGCGAUAGUUUCAGGUUAACGACUGAAUCCAUACAAUCUAGACCAUCUAUUAGACAUUCCAGAA